GAAAAAUGGCUUACCAGUAUGGACAGAAUUGAUAACAAAUCAGUGAGGAAACAACUAUGAGCUUUAGACGUAACCAGCACCGUAGAUCACGAAGUCAUGACAGACAUUCAAGAGGGAGGAGCUAUGAUCAGGAAUGGAGUAGACAUGCUUCACCUCCAAGGAGAGAGGAAACUACCCCUAGUCAUUACUUUGAAAGAGAUUUAAGGGAUGAAAUGAUACAGGAUGCUUAUAAUCAAAGAUCAAUAAGUCCUGCAGGAUUUGUUGAAGAUAAUGAUUGGCAUAAAUCCCACAGUCCAGAAGAUUUUUCUAAUCAGAAUUACAUACAUGGAUCAAGAAGUCCGGACCAUCACAUGAGACACAGUGAUAGGUCAGAACCAAGAAGACAUGAUGGUUAUAUUGAACAAGACUAUAGACAUGAUAGAUUAGAUGCAAUCAGUCCAGAUCGUUACAAUGAACAGGAACAUAGACCCAGGUUCAGAAGUCCAGGAAGAAACAAUGAACAAGACUGUAGACAGGAUCCGUUAGGCCAAGAUCGUUACAAUGAACAAGAACAUAGAUCCAGGUCGAGAAGUCCUGGUCAUUACAUUGAACAAGACUAUAGACAGGAUGCGAUAAGCCCUGAACGCUACAUUAACAAUGAACAAGAACAUAGACCGAGGUCAAGAAGUCCUGGUCAUUACAUUGAACAAGACUAUAGACAGGAUGCGAUAAGCCCUGAACGCUACAAUGAACAAGAACAUAGACCCAGGUCAAGAAGUCCUGGUCAUUACAUUGAACAAGACUAUAGACAGGAUGCGAUAAGCCCUGAACGCUACAUUAACAAUGAACAAGAACAUAGACCCAGGUCAAGAAGUCCUGGUCAUUACAUUGAACAAGACUAUAGACAGGAUGCAAUAAGCCCUGAACGCUACAAUGAACAAGAACAUAGACCCAGGUCAAGAAGUCCUGGUCAUUACAUUGAACAAGACUAUAGACAGGAUGCGAUAAGCCCUGAACGCUACAAUGAACAAGAACAUAGACCCAGGUCAAGAAGUCCUGGUCAUUUCAUUGAACAAGACUAUAGACAGGAUGCAAUAAGCGCAGAAGGUUACAAUGAACAAGCACAUAGACCCAGGUCAAGAAGUCCUGGUCAAUACCAUGAACAAGACUUUGGAUUUCAGAGCAAAAGUCCAGAGCAUUUUACUGAAAGAGACUAUAGAUCAGAAUUCAGAAGUCCAGACAGGGGUUUUGAAGUAAACAGUAGACAUUCUGUUGAUAGCCACGUACAACACGGAGAACAAAACUUAAGUCAUGAUAGACAGAUUGAAGAUUUUGAUCGAAGAGACGAACAUGGCUUUAUUGAAAGAAAUUCAAGAAAUGAACCAGGAGUUCAGAGUCUGGAGCGAUUUGUUGAGCCUGAUAGUAGCCUUAUUACAAACAGAGGCUAUAGACAGACUUCAAGGUGUUCAGAUAGAGGCUUAAGUAAGAGAAGGGAUUCUAAAAGCCCAAGACAGAGCAUAAGAAAUCGAAGGCAAUUGAGAAGCUCAAGUAGAGAAGUUAGGAAUACUCCAAAUAGGAGGCAUAGAAGCCCUGAUAUAACACAUACAAGGCAAUCUAUGAGCUCUGAGAGAAGAUUAAGACUCAGACAGGGUUCAAGAAGCCCAGAUAGAGCUUCAGGACAGGAGUUCAGAAGACAUUCUACAAGUCUUGAAAAACGCUUGGGUCCACCUGUGGAUGGAAGAGACCAUCUGGAUGUGGAUAGUGUAUGGAAUGACAGAGUUAUUCGUUCCAGAAGUCCAGCAAUACUCAGAAGUGAUAGAAGUCCAAGUAAUGAGCCUCUUAUUAGUUCAUGGGGAAAUGUCAUUGAACAUGCAGAUACCCAAUGGAAUAGACCUGAAAGUCCAGGUUUUUACAACAGACAAUCAAAUAGUCCUAUGAGAUUAAGGCAGGAAUAUGAAGACCAAGAAAUGGAUAGUCCCAUAAGAAUGGUACAGUUGUAUGAUGACCAACAAGGGGAUAGUCCAAAAGGAUUGGAAAUUAAUUUGAAUAGUCCAAUGAGAGUUGUAUCCUGUCAGGGAGACGAUAUCAUGGUGAAUAUAAACCAAAGUCCUAAAGGUAAUAACAAAAGUAAAAGCCGUAAGAAUAGUAGACAGGACAAUAGACUAGGUAGAAUAUUACAAACCUCAGAGAAAAACCGAGAGGAUAGAACUGAUAGGAAACAAAACAAUAACCAUGGUAGACUGUCAAAAGGUAGAGAAACAAGACGAAGGGAACCAAAUAGAGCAAACAAUAUCCAGAAUCAAAGGCAAAAUCAACGUGAAGGAAGCAAUCAAAGAUCUAGAAGUCCUCUUGGUAGCAGAGGUCGUAAUAAGAGAAUAAACGAAGGCAGAAGACACAGAAGCCCUAGACAAGGUCAAAUAAGAGAUCAGAGAAGAACCAGAAGCCCUAGAGAAAGUCAAAUUAGAGAUCAGAGUAGAUCCAGAACUCCAGGACAAAAUGUUAAUGAAAGAAACGAAACUGAAAGGGAAAGAAAUCCUAGACAAAAUGAUAGUGGUAAAGACGGUACAAUAAGUAGCCGAAGUCGAAAUAGGGAUCUUCGGAGAGAUGAUAAUAGGCAGAGAAAUACAAAGACCCCAACAGGUGAUCGUAGAUCUUCUGAUAGGUAUCACAAGGACAAUAAUAAAAGGGAGGCAACUCCUGCAUGUGAAAGGCAAGAAACGAGUAAUGAGGAAGAGGAUGGUACAGACAUUGAUUUGAAGAAUCUGAAUGUAAUGAAAACCAUUGGAUUAGGAUCUCAGACAGCCCAGUGGGAUAUGGUUAGCCAGACUCCACCCUUGGACAUGACCAGACCACCCAUGACACCUGUACCAUACAAUGUUCCCCAACCAACUUUGCCAUUGAAUGCUUCAGUACACACUAGUCAACCUCCGAUGCUGAAUUUAAAUCCAACUUUUCAAAACAUACAGCAGGUUCGAAUGCCUUUUGGAGCAAAUAUAUCAAAUAUGGCUCAAGUUCAAUAUCCUACAAAUGUUGUCAGAGGGAAUUUUCUGCCGGGAAGAAUGCCCAUGGUUAGUUCCACACAAAACAUGCAGAAUGUCCGAAUGGCUAUGAACUCUAACAUGUUAAAUUUUCAACAGAUGCGUGGACAAGCAAGAAAUACUGGACAUAACUUAUUAAGACACAGAAAUCUUCAGAAUCUUCAACAAGUGCGUUUAAAUACUGCAGCUAACCAACCUCAGCUUGGCUUUAAUGCUAGAUUUAACCAAACACCGUCCAGGUCAUCUUUUAGUAAUACACAGAAUACUUAUAAUCCAGUGUCAUCACAUAUAAAUGCUUCGUUGAAUCCAACACAAGCUAGGACACUUCCUCAUAAUAUGCCAGUUUCACAGCCAGUUUCACAGACAGUUUCAAAAAGUAACCCACAGUUUGAACAUUUGUCAACUUUAAAAACCACAUUGGCAACUUUAUUAAGUACUUCAACAACAGUGGCAACUACUGGUAGCAAUCGUGAGAUCAAGCCAGUAUCAUUUUCUAUAAAAGCUAGCACAAACAAUGCACCACCUUGGCAAUUAGCAAAAACUUGUACUCCCAAUACCACACCUGUAUCUAGUCGAAACUCUAGAUUUUCACAAGCAGCACCUACACCCACACUUGCUAUCUCAUCAAGUACAGAUAAGAGUAUGGGUUUGUCCAACACUGCAAUCCCUUCAAGGACAAGUAUCCAGACUGUAACAGUUCAAAACAUGUCUGAAAAGAUGUCAACAGGAGCAUUGAAUAAAUCUGAAGAAAGUAUUCUCGAGGCUCAGUUACAGUACAUAAGGCAACAACAAGAAAUGGGAGCUGACUCUGGUGCACAAAAAUCUUCUACAUCCAGUGAGAAAGAAGUGACAACUUCUAAAAACCAGACGGACAAGUCACCAAAAUUUCAAAAAGAUAGUAGUGAAAAAUCAGCUAUUAUAAAGAAAAAGGGUCCGGCUUCAUCUCUAUCUUUAUGGACAAGUCAUUACCAACGGCAACAAAAAAAUCAAAAGAGAAGUUCAAGGAGAAAAUGCAACCGAGAACAAAUACGAGCAAAGAAAGAUACAGAUACAAGCUCGAAUCAAAAGAUUAAAAACCAAAACAAAAGUUUAAAAGAUAAAAUUGAGGAUGAUGAAAAGAAAGGGAAUCAAACGAUUAAAAGUCAAAAUGAUGACCAAAAAGCUUUGAAUCAAGAGAUCAAAAUGAAAUAUGUAACAUCCCAAGUAAUCCAUCAGUCGAAAACUAAUGAUGAUUCAUCACAAAACUUGCCAAAGCAUGGUUUAUGUUCUACAGAAAAGACACAGCAACUGAAUAAAACGCCAAAUAAAAAUUUACCUGUGUCAUCAGGAAGUGAUAGUCAAUCAACCUCUGCACAGAAUAUGAAAGUCAAAGAACAAACUCAUAUUUCAUGUAACAAAACUGAAUUAAGUCAUGGAAAGUCUACCAAUACAGGACAAAGUUUUUCUACAGGUGGGAUGUAUAGAGAACCAACUGUUUCUAUUGGUAACCAGAGUAACUUUGUACAUCCAAAAUCAGUGCCUCAACCGGUUCCACCACCUAGCAUUCAAACAUUUGGAUAUCGUCUGCAGAAUGUUCCCAACUUUAAUAAAUCUAACAGAGGAGAAGCCAAGAAACAAGCUCAAUCUGGUUAUAAAAAAGCUCCUGAAGUAUCAACACAAUUACAAUUGAAAAAGUUGGAUCAAGAUACAAAAUUGCAGAAUCAGCAGAAAAGUGUUACUGGAUCAUCUGAAUUAACAACAAUUGGAUCUGUUAGCCAAAGAAUUCCCAAAAUUACAUCAAUGACUGGAAAUGUAAAUGAUACACAAUCUAAAGAAGAAGAGAAAAUGAAUAGAGAUACUAUGGACAAUGUUACUGUUGAGCCGAUGGAUGAGGAACCGAGUUUGGGUUGUAAAAUCAAACGACCUACAGUUUGCCCCAUACCUGAGUGUCAAUUUGUGUCCUGGAGGUUAAAGAGACAUGCAUUUUCCAAUCAUCUACCUUGGAUUUUUCGAGAUGAAAAAUGGUCGUCGAAUAUUGCAGGAUGUGGAGCGGCAAUUCACCAGUUGGUCAUAUGGAUACUUGGUGCAAGAUCAACACCAGAGGAACUAGUCACGAUGCUAAAUGAAUCUGGUCUGAUGCCGAAAAAUGUCGAAAUGAAUCAAAAGGACUAUUGUACCUUAAAAAAGCUCUGCGAAGAACAGGAUUGGCCUGUAUUGGAGACCUACACUCUUCAACCAAUAAACUCUCCUGCAUGUCUUGUACAUUGGAGAGCAUUGUUGUUGUUAUUGAUAUACGUUAGUAAACCUAGACGUCAAAGAUUCCGGGAAAUGUUCAGUAAAGAUUGUGCUGAAGAAAUGAAAAGAAAGACAAGUCAAAAUCAGCAAGCUGUUCUGAAUAAGGACAACUUAGUGCCAAAGCGGAGUAGAGUAAACGAUAUUGGUAAUAAGGAUAGAAAAGAAAGAUCUCCAGUUUCAAAAAGAGCAAAAGCUGAGCAUCCUGACAUAGGAAAGACAGAAAGGCGAUUAGAUGAGAGUAGAUCUAUGACAGGGCUUUCAGCUAACAAAUCGAAUGAACAAGCAAGUAAUAGGUUUUUAAACAAUGAUCUUGGGUCAGUGACGACUCCUAUUGUUAUUGAUUGUGACACAAAAGAACAGAAUGCAAAAGUCAGUGAUUCCAGUAGGUCAAUAGGGAGAACAUCAAGUUCUAAAUCACAUGAUCAACCUAAAAAAAAUAUGUUUGCAAGUGGAGAAUCCAAAUCAUCUGACAGUUUUAGGUCAAGGUCAUCAAGAAGUGAAAAAAGAGAUUACAGGAUAAAGGAUGAAAGGAGAAGAAGGUCACCAAGAAGAGGUCGAAGUCGUUCCAGAGAAGAAACGAAGAUUCCUCUAAGAAAUACAGUAGACACACAAAGAUUCACUCUGGACCCAAAAGAUGCUAAAAAAUCUACAAACUUCAGGUCAAAUAGAGAAGCUAUUGACACCAUUAAACAAUCAGAAGAUUCAUCUGAAGAUGAAGCUAGAACAGCCUUAGAAAUGUCAAUCAGGUCAACUUUACUGGAAUUAGAGAAAUCCACAGAGGUAGCAAAAGCUGCAAUCGCAAACCAGUCCACUUCUUCAAAACAUUCUUUAACACAACAACUGGCAGCAUUUGCAGGGCAAUCUCGAACAAGCACUAAACAUAUGGAAUCCAAUAGAUCUGUCCCUCAAGAAUCAAAGUCAUCAGCCAAAACAGAAACUGCAUCAGAGGCUUUUUCUAAAAGGUCAGGUUUGGAGGCAUCUAUGUGGUCGACUUUAAAAGAAUUAAGGAAAUCCUCAUUGGAAGGACCUUUAAAGUUAAAGCUAGAAGAUACAAUGAAAACUGUCCUCGAAGAAAUGUACAAAUCAAAGAUGGAAGAUUUGAAGAAAAAACCUCGAGUUGACACAGCCAUGUCUUCCUCAGCUAAUGAAAUUAAGAAACACACAUUUGGGGAACCAUCAAUGAUAAAACAAUCUGAAGAUGACUCAAAGAGGGCAGAACUAGAAUUCUCAAUGAGAAAUGCAUUAGAACAAUUCUGCACACUUUUAGAUACUUCAUCAACAAAAUUGACAGGAUCUUCAAGUGAUAAUCAAACAAGUACAACAAUGUCAGAUCAGAAGGGGAGUGUACUGGUCAGUCCAAGAAAAGAAGUCCAGGGGAAAUCCACUGGAAAAUUGUAUGGAGUUGUUCAGUAUGCUCCAUCUCCAUCCUCAGAUGAAGGGUCUGAUUUUGAAGGCAUGUCUGAGGAAAGUCCACUGUAUUCUCCUUUGUCAAUACAUGACAUAGAUGAGGAUCUCGAAGUAAAGAGUAAUAAGACGGUUGUAAGUGAUGCAAACUCUGCUUCAAGUGUGAAGAAACCUUAUGUAAAAGACUGGAAUCAUAAAUCACCAUGGGAGAUAUGGGGAGAAAAAAUGUCAAAAGAAGCAACCAAGGUUUCAGACAAAACUCCUGCCUCUAAAACAAAAGAAGAUAUGUGGGAAUCUGUGAAAUUAUCGGGUGCUAAAUUGAAAUAUUAUCUACAACAAGACCCCCCAGUGGUUUUAUACAAAGAUGAAAAAGAUGGAAAAUGGAAAAUUGCAGGAAACGAAAAAGAAGCUAAGAAACUGUUAUCAAUGGGUGCCCCACCAGGAGGUUAUGGUCCUCCAGCAGGUCAACCAGGAUAUGGUGCUCCCCCGGGACAGCCAGGAUAUGGUGCCCCACCCCCAGGACAACCAGGUUACCCUGGAGGUCAGCCCGGAUACCCUGCAGCUGCUCCACAGCCAGGCUAUGGACAAGCACCAGGAGGUUAUGGAGCAGGCCCUCCACCAGGAAUAGACCCCAGUGUAUACCAGUGGUUUUUAACUGUGGACCAGGACAAAAGUGGACAUAUAACAGCCCAUGAGUUACAACAGGCUCUUGUCAAUGGAAACUGGUCACAUUUCAACCCAGAGACGUGUAGACUAAUGAUAAGCAUGUUUGACAGAGAUAAUUCAGGAACUAUACAGUUACAUGAGUUCAAUGCCUUGUGGAAUUAUAUUCAACAAUGGAAAGGUGUGUUUGAGAGAAUUGAUGGUAAUCGUUCUGGUUCCAUAGAAGCUCAUGAACUGAUUCAAGCCUUCCAGCAGAUGGGAUAUAACUUAUCACCACAGUUUGGUCACAUCGUCAUUUCUAAGUUUGAUGUCAACGGAAGAAGAUCACUAACAUUAGACAACUUUAUUCAGUCAUGCGUCAUGUUAAAAUCAUUAACGGAUUCCUUCAAAGAGAGGGACCCUCAGAUGCAAGGAACCAUUCGAAUGGGCUAUGAAGACUUUAUGACUACGGCUGUUUUCAACAAAGUUUAGACACAAUUGUUGUUGUUUUUUAGGUUUUCUUACUUCGUAUAUUUUCAAAUGCGCUUCAAUAACAAAAAUGGUUGAGAUAGAUUAUCUGCCCUUGACCAUAUUACACAUGGACUUUAAUAAUUGACAAUUUUUUAUUGUCUCAAGGGAGAUAAUAAUAACACAAAUGCAUGAGAUAGAUUAUCUGCCCUUGACCAUGUUACAUAUGGGCUGUAAUAAUUGACAAUUUGUUAUUCUUUCAAGGGAGAUAACAAAUUUUUACAGUGUACAUCUCUGAAACAGAGGUACUUGUCAUUCAUCAUCAGACUUAUUUAUUACUAAGAAUAAAAAAUAAUAAUUUUUAAUGUGUCUUCCGUUUUUCAAGGGAGAUAAUUUGCUCCUAAAAUUGAGGAUUUGUCAUUCUGUGUUUAGCAAUAUCUCUGCUAAACAGAGAUGUGAACAUCCUUCAAAAUGUACACGAAAUGUGCAUUUUUUUUUCUUUUUUAAUAUAACCAGGAGAAAAGGAAUUCCUGAAAAUCCAAGAUGAUCGAAAGUGAAAACAAUAAAAGUCUGAUGAUGGAUUGUCUUGUCUCAUAGUAUUUUUUUUAUACUCUGAUUUAACACAGAUUAUAUAAACUUUCAAAUUUUUAUGAUAUUUGAAUUUUGCAACAUUGAAAUGUUGUGUUAAAAAUUAAAUGUUGCAUGUAUAUUUGUUUAAGAUAUAAAUUUUGGAAGUAUUUUUGCCUCAGUACAAUGUAUACUGAAAGUCUUUAAUGCACAAAAAGGGAGGAAAAGAAAUGGAAACUGGAAAUUAUUAUGCUGAAAGAGGUAUUUGAAAUUUUCUUGAAAAAAGUUAAAUUGUAUUUAAUUUAAUUGUCUUUUUGUUUAUCACAACGCAUAAUUUGUUUUUCAUUUUUUUUGUAAUUUUAAAUGUGCUUUAGAUAUAGUACUAGUCUGAGUGAAUCUUUUUAUAUAUGCAUAUUUUUGUCGGUAGCAGGAUAUAGUUUAACAUUGAUCUAUGACAACUGUCACUCACUGAAAUAAUCCUAGGCAAGGACAACCUAUUUUUACCGGUACUACUUUCUGUUGUUAGCAAAGUAUCUUCCCUUGAAAAGACAACCUGCACUUCCUGGGUUUUUACUCAUCAAAGAGUUGCUUCCCUUUAAAAUAGCGUUAAGUAAGUUUCCAUUCAUGUUUGCUGAGCAGGAUGACACAAACUAUAUAUUUAUGAAAGCAAUCAAAUGUUAUAAUGAACAAAAUUAUCAUAUCUGGUAUUGCUGUAUUAAAACAUAUCAAUACAGUGGUAUGGGGCUUGAAUAAAAUUUAGCUGAGAAUAACUUGUAUAAAAUAUUACACAUGAUAUUGAUUUUUCUCAGAGCUUCCUUUCUAUAUAUGAGACAUGUGGAUUUUAUGUAUUUUUUGUGUGCAGAUUCCCUUCAGCAUUUUAUACGUGUCUCAUUUCAUAUCCAGGUUGAGAUAAACACUGUACUUGGACUGAUAAUUUUUAAGUCUGUUUUGUGUCUGUUUUCAGUAGUUAACAAAUUGUUCUGAAGCCAGAGUAUAUUUUCUACCAUCAAUAUAAAAUUAAAUAGGUUUAAAUGCCAAAUAUAUUUCUACCUAGGUAUAAUAUAUUAAUGUUUUUGUCAGUAUAUCAUUAUGUGUUGUGUUGUCUCCUCUAACUUUGCAUGUACAGUAACAUUACAUUAAAUAUUUGUUAAAGA